AUGUCUGCUACGAAAGCCAUCCUGGUCACUGGAGUCACGGGCAAGCAGGGCGGCGCAGUUCUCAAGAAUCUUGCUACACAUCCAUCCAGUUCCAAUUAUACACUCCUAGCUGUCACUCGCGACGCAAGUUCAGCCUCCGCGAAGCGCAUCGUCGAAAAUCACCCUGCCGUCAAGCUCGUUCAAGGCAACCUAGACGAUGUCCCAGCGCUGUUCUCGGCGGCAAAGGUCGCGCUCAAAGAAGCUGGCAUAGAGCCACGAAUAUGGGGCGUCUACUCCGUCCAAGUAUCUACUGGCAAGAACGUCACUCACGAAGGCGAAGUCAGACAAGGCAAUACCCUAAUUGACGAAUCCCUCAAAGAAGGCGUCACGCAUUUCGUCUACUCCUCCGUCGAGCGCGGCGGCAACAAACGUAGUUUCGAGAACACGACGCCGAUCCCUCAUUUCCAGAGCAAAUAUGAAAUCGAACAGCACCUUCUCGAGAAGGCGGGGAAGCACGGGGAGAAAAUGGGCUGGACCAUUUUGAGGCCUGUUGCUUUCAUGGAUAACUUGGCGCCCGGCUUCCCGACAAAGGUCUUCCUCGCUGCACUCCGAGAUGGGCUGCGGGGCAAGCCAAUCCAAUGGGUCUCAGUUGAAGAUAUUGGUAUCUUUGCCGCGAGAGCAUUCAGAGAGCAUGAGAAAUGGAAUGCUCGCGCCGAGGGACUGGCAGGCAGUGAGCUUACAUUGGACGAAAUGAAUGAGUGCUUUGAGAAGGUGAUUGGAAUUCCAGUGCCUGCCACGUAUGGAGUUUUUGGGUCUGCGCUAAUGUGGGCGGUCACCGAAUUGAAUCUUAUGAUUACUUGGUUUGCGACGGAAGGUUAUGGUGCUGAAAUCGACAACCUGAGGAAGGAAGAGCCGAAGCUGUGCGAUUUCGAGACUUGGUUGCGUGAGAGGAGUGCUUGGAAGUCGCAGGCUAUUGCGAGGUAG